CUAAUGGACUUUGAGAUAUCUUUUCUGAAAGAACAGGAAAAUGCCUCGAUUAAGUUUUGCUCCCAACACUCAAGCUUUUUGAUAAACGUUUUUAUAUCAGAAAUCAUUUCUUCUGUUCUUUGUCUCUCCUCUGAAGCUGCAUUUCAUUUAAUUUUUCUGUAAUAUCCACAAGAAAACCAAAAUAUCUAAGCCAGAUUGAAUUUUCCAGUUCCGGAAUCGGUUCAUCAUGUUGUUUGAAAAUUGAACUAUGGCAGAUAUGAUAUCAUUAAAACGUUCCAGCACUCAGAUUAUCUGGGACACCCGAAUUACUUUUGUCGAUUGUUUUUAAAAACAUUGUCUCUUGUCCAAUUAACUAAUUUCUUAAUUGUUUCAGUUUUA